AUCAAGAUCAAAAUCAAAACAAACCAACAAUUCACCAUUAUUACUAAAGUCAGUUCAUGAUAGUAAUGGUUAUUUCUUCUACAAAUGUAAAGCUUUGUGCAUUAAAAUUAAUAAAUAAAAGUAAAUUUGUGGGUUUCAUUUAAAUCAGAUCUUGAUUUUCUUUUAUAGUAUAUAAUUUCUUUUCAGGGUUAGGUUUGAAAAAAAUGAAAGAGGAUGAAGGAGAUGAAUAUAGUCACCAUUUUGUAAAAGCUGUUUUCCUGUAUUUUCAGUUUUCAGUGUCCACCUCCACCCCAAGGUCAGUAACGGGUCAGAUCGGGCAGCUCAGUCACCCUGCCCGUUGAGUUGAGCUGGGUUCCACGACAGAUCCAAGAGUUUACCACGUUGCUCGUCGCAUUGCACAAGUUAACUCCCACCAUAUUUCCAGUUGACACCUGUGUGUUUCAUAUAUUUUUUCAAUUUUUUUUUCAGAGAUGAUUGAAGCCUUAGGUUUUGUCGCUGAAAGCUAAUGAAGCGAGUUUACUGUAGUUGCAAGAGUGUGAUGGUGAGUGACGAAGAUGAAGAUUCAUUGGAUAAAUGCCGUGAGCGACGACAGAGGAGGAUGGCCAUGAGGAGGUUGGCAGCAGGUGCGCCCGGUUUAUCGGUUAUUGCUACUGAAGAUAUAACCACUGAAGAUGAACGUCAAAAGUACUGUGCGGCACAGACGACCACUGAUAUCCCGACAACUUCCAUCUCCGCAGCUGCGAUCAUGAGCUUGAUUAGCAUCAUGGAGACGCCGCCGCCGCCGCUUCACGGUAUCAUGUCAGUGGUCGGUAGGCAGCGUGAAAUGGAGGAUGAAGUUUCAGUUCGGACGAACUUAUGCCGGCCGGAGAUCAACGGUUUCCGACCUGUGCAUUUCUUUGGUGUGUUCGAUGGACACGGUGGAUGUCACCAGGUAUCAGCAUUGUGUAAAGAGAAGAUGCACGUUAUCAUGGAGGAGGAGUUAAUGGGGAUGAAGGUAACAGGAGACAAGCCGGAUAGUAGUGGUGGCGAAGAGCUAUGGAAGACGGCGAUGAAGCGGAGUUUCCAGCGGAUAGAUGAGAUGUCGAUGAGAUUGUGUCUGUGUGGUGGAUCGAGUAGUAUCUGUAGAUGCAAUCCGCAGUUGUCUUUCAUAGGAUCGACGGCGGUGGUGUCGAUUCUGACGAAGGAGUACAUAUUUGUGGCAAACUGUGGAGACUCACGCGCCGUCCUCUGCCGUAACGGCAGGGCCAUACCCCUUUCCGUCGACCAUAAGCCUGAUAGGGAAGACGAGCGAUCAAGAAUCGAAAGUUGUGGAGGACGAAUCAUGUUUGCAGAUGGAGCACGAGUGGAAGGGAUCCUGGCGAUGUCCCGGGCAAUAGGUGAUAGGCCUCUGAAACAGUGGGUAACGUCUGAACCAGAAAUCACGGUGACAAGAAGAGAAGCCGGAGAUGAAUGUUUGAUAGUAGCGAGUGACGGAUUAUGGGAUGUUAUUUCAAGCGAAUUGGUUUGUAAGAUAGUUCACGAAUGUCUUGGAGAGAAGCAGGAGCCUCGGAUUGCCGGAUGCAGCAGCGAGUCAGCAGCGACGUUGCUGGUACGUCUGGCUUUGGGACGUCGGAGCACCGAUAACAUCAGCGUCAUAGUUAUUGAUUUGAGGAACUGAAAUUUUGGACGUGGAUAUGAAUCAAGUCUUGUAAAUAAGGUUCAGUAAGAGAGAAUUAUGCACAAAUAGACUUUUAUUGGAUGGUUUCAUUUUAGGGUUUUUCACAUAAAGAUCUUAAGUUUUUCAUUUGAUUGGUUUUGUUGUUAGGAUGAUUUUUUGUUUGUUAAUGUUUAGGGUUUGUUAAGUUUUUUC